AUGGAUCCUUCAAUUCUUAAGGUUAGCUUGCAAGAUGCCAUCAAGCAUGCCCCAGGCGGUUUCAACCAUAUAAAAAUUGAAAAUGGUCGAGGGGGCUCCAUGAAGAUAUCCUUUCGUCGAACAAUUCGGGUUCCGGAUGAUGGUAACAACUAUCAGCUUCCGCCGGAUCUUGGGAAAUUCCGAAUCUAUGACAUUGACGAGUUCACGGAGAAGCUGCCUAUUGAGCUUGUUAGGAAAGGAGGUGUAUUUAUUCCAAUCUGGCUUAAAGUCUACGCUGGCGGGAUCAAUGUUAUCUCAGGAGAAAACAAAUACGAGCCUACAGGAUCCGAAGGAGCUGCCACCGGAAAGGGGUCGUAUCAAAACUAUCUUAGGGUUCCAGGACAAGAAUGGCUAGAUGGAAUUGUAAAAUCCGACGGAACGGUCAAGCAAUUUGUAGCGGUUCCUACUGGCUCAGGAUACUCGGUCGAAGCACAGAUCACAGGUUAUGAAAAGAUUGCUGGCCUUCAAUUCGAGAUUAUUCCCCUCCGUGCAGAGCCUGAACUUAAUCUCCAAGUAUUUUUCAAAACUUUGACGGGAAAAACAAUAUAUACAUCUGUGGGCUCUCGUGAGACCAUUGAAUUGCUCAAGGAUAGUGUCUUUAUAAUUGAAGGCAUACCAGCAAAUCAACAGCGAUUGAUAUUUGGUGGAAAGCAACUUGAAGACCAGGACACUUUAUGGGACUGCAAUAUAGCAGAAGGAGCGACGAUUCAUAUGGUACUCAAGCUCCGCGGAGGCGGCCAUGGACAGCUAGAGGAUGUAAAACAGAUGGAAGAAACGGAAGAAAGUUUGAAAGAACAAAGAUACGAAUUGGCAUUAGCGCCUGGAGGGUCCAUUCAUCAAGCAAUCCGCAAAGACAAUUUACACAAAAAUAGAUAUGACGAAAAACAUGCAGUCAUGUUUAACGUGCAGCUUCUAGGUCCAAAAACCUUCCAGCUAGUCACUGGCAUGCCACCUCCACAAACUCCAAUUUCCGCCAAAACAUACGCAGAUUACGGAUACCCGUUCUUCGAAAUGUAUAAUGAACCAAGAGUACUUAUGGGAACAUUUGGCCAAUUGCUAAAGAGUGUAGGAGAUAUUGACAAGGAAAAGAAUGUGAACUUCGAAGUCCAUGAACGGGAGAACGGUUUACAUUUCAGGACUGUGAAAUUGAAUACGGUGGAUGGGAUUAGCGACUUUCAUUUCAAGGUACCUUUGGUGAAAGGGGAAGCUCGGAGGUGA